CUUUACUGAGAGUUUUGUACUAAAUAGAAACAGUUUUAGGAAAUUAUGUCGCUCCCUAACGGUGUGGACGUUUCCCAGCUGGUCCAGCAUCCGGUGCUGGCCGCCCUGCCGCCGUUCUUCCUCAGAGCCUCUGAAAGAUACCAGAGAACACCAAAAUGCGCUCGGUGUCGCAACCACGGCGUUGUGUCGGCGUUAAAAGGACACAAGCGUUAUUGUCGCUGGCGGGACUGUGUGUGUGCCAAGUGCACAUUGAUAGCCGAGAGACAGCGCGUUAUGGCUGCACAGGUAGCGCUUCGUCGCCAGCAGGCGCAAGAGGAAAACGAAGCUCGGGAGUUGAACCUGCUGUACGCGCAGCCCUCCGCGCCGCACUUCCCAGAUCUACAAGAAGACGCCCCAGUACACAAGCGCGCUCGAAUCACAGAGGUAUGUUCGAGCCCCUCGCCACCAGAAAUGACGCAAGAGAGUAAAACGCCAGUUCACACUCCGCCCCUGUCAACACCACCACCUCGAUCACCAUCAGACCACGAACUGAAUGUGGAGGAGGAGUUAGAGCACUCCGAACCAUCGCUCACCCCAGAGAACUUGUCGAUGAAAGAACAGAGACAAGAUGAGGUGAAGAAGGAAGACGAAGAUAAAUGGGAUCCGACCUUUAAAUACCGACGCGGGAAAGACGCCCCCAUGUCGGAGUCAGAGGACGCAGUGCCCUUUCAGAAGUCACCCAUCGAUGUCUUAAUUAAGGUGUUCCCGAAACGUAGUCGACAGGAGAUUGAAACUAUCCUAGCUAGAUGCAAAGGGGAUGUGGUCGCAGCCAUGGAGAUGAUGGUGAAUGGCCCUGAGCAGUCCUACAGCUUGACACCGGAGUCUCCGUAUAUGCAGAACUACCAAUCGAGGUCUGCGUUCUCGCCGCUAUCGAACCAGAGUUUCAAGUUUUCACCUUCCAGAAGAUUCCUCACGCCGCCCUACAGUGGCACGCGCUACAUGCCCACAGUGAUACGACCUCCUCCUGAGUACCUGUCUUCUUUCUUGCCUCCCUCCGAGCUGAUGUACGGGCGACAAUUGCAGGUGCCAUCCCCCGGAACUUCUCCCACUUCUGACAACACGAAUAAUGAUGGCUUUUCUGAUUAGGGGUACCUGAAAUAUUGGACAGUACUUUAAACAAUUACUGACCAUUAACGUGAAUUAUAACAGAAUGUCUGUGAAGUUGAAAAUGAUAAAAAGACUUGAGUUAAAGUAUGUGAACGAGU